AUUAAAUGAAAUUAAAAUUUUGUCAAGAAAUUUUCCUAUGUAGUGAAGUAAAAAUAGACUGGACAAGAUUUAAGCUAUCAGUGCCAGGCGAAACUGAUUGUAUUGGCUGUAAAGUUGUGUAUGGUUAGCGCGUUUCACAAGCGAAAACAGGCAGGACUUGGAUCAAGUCUAGGUGAAGUCAGAUGGAGAGAUUGAAAUCAUCCUCGAAGUGCUCCCAACCUCAUCAGCAUCUUGAGGGAUUCAUGCUGCAGGAGGACAGAGUCACCUGAUCAUGAUGGAUCGAUGAACACUUUACAUCAUGGCGCUGCAGUAAUUAAGCCGUAGAAUGCAUCCAGCUAAGUGUUGUAACGAUUAUCAUAGAAAUAACAGAACAGAAGAGAAAGUGGGUAAGGUCUUGAAUUGAAUUUAAAGGUGGAGACAGUUUUUGUUGUAAAAUGUUACUCCUUCGGUCUUCUGUUCUGAACGGGUGAAAGUAAAAAAGGAUUUAGAGUCUUAACAAUCAAAGUCAUGAUCAGACCUCAGGUGACCCAAGACCCACCCCCUUCAUUAAACCUUUCCCCCGAGACCUGGCAAAAGGCUCAACAUGAACUCAACGAAGACCUCUCCACGGUAGACGCCUCCAUCCAAGAUGUCAAAGAUCUUAUCAUCACCCGGCCGGACAUCCGUUUCCUCCGCACGGACAACAAAUUCAUCCUCCGCUUCCUCCGUGCGAAGAAGUUUGACUCAUCUGAAGCCUUCAAGGUCAUGGCAAGAUACUUUGAUAUUAGACAGAAGAAACCUUGUUUGCUCGGGAACAUCUCAGCUGAGAACACCAACAUCCAGCAAGCAUUGCUUGGUGGGUUCCCAGGUGUCCUCAGUAAGCUUGAUCCCUUUGGGCGUCGGAUUCUUGUGAUCUUUGUCGCCAGCUGGGAGGAGUGGCUUUUUAGCUACCUCCACAUCCUUCAGGCCCUGGUGCUGAGUUUAGAGUUCAUGUUAGAAGAUGAAGAGACUCAGAUUAAUGGAUUCAAUUUUAUCAUCGACUGGACGGGAGUGACUUUCAAGCAAGUUUCCAACCUCAGUCCGGCCUUGAUGAAGCGAACAGUUGAGGUUUUCCAGGAUUGUUUUCCUGGUCGGCUUGGAGGACUUCAUAUGCUGAACCAGCCAUGGUACGUGGAGGCAGCGUUGACGAUGUGCAAACCAUUCCUGAAAGAUUCCACCAGAAAAAAGAUCUAUCUCCAUGGAAACAACCUAUCCACCUUACAUGCAAGGAUACACAAAGAAACGCUUCCCGCCGAACUGGGCGGAACGAACCCACCUUACAAUCACUACUCAUGGGCUAAGACGCUGAUUGGCUGCAACUUCAAACCUAAUUUGCAUAGUGACCUACCAGUACACCAUGUGUUCAGUCAAUUUGGUGGUGAUGCUGAGAGGUUUUAUCUGACAUCCAAAGAGCCAGAAAUUGCAACGCUGGAGGUCAGCAGCACGGAGGAAAAACAGACUGAGAAUAGACCUCUCAUUACGCUGGACUAAAAGAGAUCAUUUUCAUUUGAGAAACCGAAAAUAGCUGCACUUCUGACUUUCAAUAGACUUGGUUCCAAGUCUUUGAUCGUGGCUUUUAGUUGUCCUGAUAGCCGCUACAAACAGCGCUCUCUUGUGAUCAACCUCCAUCAUUUAGCCUAAGAGUUAGGGCACGUGAUAGCUAAUAAUGUGGAGGCGUUUUUCGUGGCUGAGAUGCAGAACAAUAACCGUGAUCUAAGACUUGAAUCAAGUCUAGACUUUCACUAGUUCGAUUACUCUAUGCUGCAAAGCAGUUCACCAUAUUUCCCGUAAUCUUUGAUGGAUUUUGAUACUAUCGCGAUGUUAAAAAGUAUAAGUUUGGGCUGUGUACGGGAGCUGGGAAAGAUAACAGGAAUGCUAUGGGCCCAAAAGACUGUGCAAGUCUUGCGCGUACUUUAACACUUUGGUCCGAUGUACAUUGCUGUUAUGUGUGAAAGAAAGAAACUUGCAUGCGCAAACUUUAACACUUGUAUUCUCAAAGAAACUUGCGCGCUUUAAUGGGUCCCAAUGCCCCAAUACAUUCAAGACUUUGCAUGCAGUCUGCAACCAGGGGUCGAUUUUCACAAAACUCUUCCUAACUUAGGACGGAUCCUGGAUUUUGGAUGAGUCCCAGCUGUAAGAUCAAUCCUAUGUAAGACUGUUCUUUAGAAUUUAUCUCCAGUUUGGACGAGUUACUCGUGCUAACUUGAGAUGAAACGAGCUUUAACACUGUGUGAAACACAGACCACUGGGCAUUAAUGUCAAACAUUCUAUAAAGGACCUAGUUAUUGUUAUUCAUCAUGACAACUGUCUACGUGCCCCCCCCCCCCUCCCCUAUAAGAAUGGUGCUGACACCUCAACAAAGUUUAUAAAAUAAUUGUGUGGCAGUCAACUUGAAAUGUAUUCCUGCAAAGGAUCGUCCUCCAUUUGUACUUUUCCAGAACGUUGUUAGUAUUUUGCUUGUCAUGCAUUGGUGCAUAAAAUAAUAGCUGUUUGAUAUAAUGUUUGUACAGAAGAUACAGUGCAUCCCACCCACAAGAAAUCUUGGUAAUGGUUCUGUUUAAACCAAACAAGAUAUUAUUAGUGCAUAAGUUGUACCUGCCAACUCCCAACAGACCGAUCCAUUAAGCUCCGCCCAUUGUGUAUUGACCAAUCACAACCCAUUGUGCACCCAAAAGUCCGACAAAUCCAGGUCUGACAUGCGUGCGCGUAUGCUUGGCUCGCGCGGCAGAGUUGUGCAGAAUGGCAUUGGAGAGGCUCACGUGUU